AUGAGCGCUCUCAAGUGUGUGGUUGAAGGGUGCAAUUUAGAAUAUGAUGUAGUCUGCAGCUUCUCGUUCUACAAUGCCAAUAUAUCGACGGACAAUGAAGCCAAACGGCAGGACUGGAUCGAAGGUGCUAUGCAUGAGGAGAGUGAAUGCCUCUGGCGACAUGUCAGCUUGCAACUAUGCGGGUAUCAUUUCGAGCUGGACAACCAGGGCCUUUGGAUCGACUCUCCAAUGCUACCGGAGCUGCUGACCCACCAAGAGAAAACCGCUCCAGUGAUACAGUCGCCAAAUGAUAAGAAACUGGCUGAAAUUAUCCGUAUGGAACACAAUUAUAGCGUGGAGCCGGUCAAAGAAGAUCCCGAGAGCGUCUCCAGACUAAAUGUCAGACAAUUAGUUGAUACUUUGGGUUAUCUAUCACUGAAGAACUUGCAGCGCAAACAGCUGUGGGUCGUGAAGGUGGAGACUGACAAGGCGGAGGCUUCCAUCACGCAGUCAGAACAGGUCAUCACCAAGAUGCCUGACCCGAGGCAGAUUAUUGAGAUAAUCCCUCAAUCAUCGACGUCAACCGCAGCGGAACCGGAGGCCCAGAAUUCAGAAGUUUUACAAAUUAUGGAUGACACCACCAUCUCGGACAACUUCAUAUACGAAAUAGCUGAGGAACAGGAAAUCACCAUGGAAGAAGUUAAAGAAAUACCAGCGACUUCAUCUGAGAACCCUGAAUGGACUGUUAACAUACUCCCCGAUGAUACCAAACCAAAAUAUGCUUAUAUUAAACACUGCUCUUCGGGCAAGAAGAAACGUCAUUUCACAGCUGACAUGAACGAAAUUACCCUACAGGGGGAUUUUGAAAAUUAUUACAUACUCCCUGACGUCGAUCCGUCUGUUGGAGUCGAGAUAACAACAAGCUAUGAACCUGAAAACUAUAUAGUCGAGGAGUACCAACACCUAGUGCUCGACGAGAGACCGAAGAAGCGUGCCAGCAAAGAUGAUUCUGGGAGAAAAAAGAAGAAGAGGCUCUCAAAUCCUCCCGUGAAAGAGGAACCGACUGAUUGGGUGAUCGAGAACAACAUAGUAUAUGAACAAGAUGAAGAUUUCGAUGAUCCGAAGAAAGUGGCUUCGCGUGUAAGAAGAAAAAAUAAAAAGUACCUCGGGUAUGAUUUUGUUACUUAA